GUAAAAAGAAUCCUGCACGCGCGAAACUUCAAAUUCGAGUACAAAAUAAUGAUAUUCUAGUAUUCUGUUAACCAGUAAUACAUUUUUUGAGCUGAUCACAAAUCAAAUGGAUCACAAAUCACAUCCAUCAAUUAAUACCAACCUACACAGCAAGAUAACAAAAUAGCAUAUACUCAGAUACGAUUUCAGCUUGAUAGCAAUGAACCAAUCAUCAAUUCUAUCCAAUUCCACAGCUUCUCUUGUUAAUUCAACGGCGCUGAAAAUAUCCUCUUCGUCCAAUUCAACCGCUUCUUUUAUCGACGAAACAGUGGCACCAUCGGCACAAACAUCACCACCGACGACCAUACCAGAACCUGACUACGUAUUUUGUCACCGCAACUGUCACAUGAGAUUUCAGGAGCUAUUGUUCGUUACCGGACUCUUCCUCCUUCCACUCCUCAUCUGGUGCUACUUUGCUGAGCACCGCAGCAGAAACGAGGAAGACGUAAGAGAAUCCGAAACCUACGAAGAACCGUCGCUACAUGCUACCUUAGCGGGUAUGACCAGAGAGGAAAAAAGGGAAUACUACAGUGAGCUUUUCCAAAGGAACGGGAACGAGCUAGUGCUGUCCAAGGAUCAGAUAGUAACGGUCGAAGACCUGGACGGAAACCACGAGGAGGGGGACGAUCCUUCGCUCUAUUUGUCCCUGGAGAAUCCUUCUGGUUUUGCUUCCAACGCCGCCUCUACCCGCACCAGGCGGUCCUCGUUCCUCGUCUUUGAGACCAGCGAUAAUUGUGGAACCGACCGACCCAGCUUAGACGGGAUUAGCACCACCACCACAACCACAGACGUCCGCGGAACCUGCAUCAUCUGCUUUGAGGAUUUCGAAGCCGGGGACACCAUCGUGCGCAGCAUGGACACUAGGUCGUGCAAGCACGUCUACCACAAAUCCUGCAUGGUCGAUUAUCUCUCCCUGCAGAAGACUCCCAAGCCGGGAAUGCGCGGGUCAAAGGACGAAUACCACCCAUCCUGUCCCACCUGCCGGCAGCAGUUCUGCAAGCUGCUCCCGCCUGCUGCGAAAACGAGAGAACAACGGGACAACGACACGGGUGCAAUAGAUGCUGAUGCUGUAGAUCUAGAGGGGGGUGUUGCAUCUGCCGCCACCAUAAGUACAAGAGUGAGCCGAACGACAAGGGGGAUGGAGGCACAGAGGCACGAGUCCGGAGCCUUGACUCCGGUUGUGCCAAUGAUUGCGGGGGUUAGAGAACAGGAUUUGGUGAUGUCAACUAACGCUGUAUCAUCCCCGCCGCCCGCUACAAGCCGUCGCUCGUCGUCUGCGAUAUUCUACGACAUCGAAGUAGUAUAAUACAGUAUUGUAGUGUUCUACAAAGUACAAAACGAAAAAAAAACGAAUUGGAGCAAUUUGGUGACAAUACCGACAAUAGGAGCACCACCAAUAGAACAGUCCUACCUAGCGGUUCGCUGUGCUCACUACUAUAACAUCCCCACUAGGAGGUAGUAAUAGAGUUUAUCCAGUAGU